GUUCUUGUGCAACAAGAGUGAGAGUGCACCCACAUUCUUUACACCUCCAAUUACAAAACCCACAAAUUAUUCAACAAAUUCUCACAGAAUUCCAUUCUGGGUCUUGUUCUUGAUCUUGUUUCGAUAAGAUCUGACACAUCAAUUGCAUAAAGAUCAUUUCAAAACUCACUUUCUUUAAGCAGUUAUGAAUCUUUAAUCAGUUAAUUGCAUUUUGUUGUAGGGGUGAUUGUGUUUAAUUCAAUUGUGAUUGAAGUGGUUUAGAUGGAUUACAUCAAUAAACAAUUUGCAAAAUCUCAAUCUUCAUCACAUAUCCUAGACACGAAUUCGGUUUGCAGUUCAAGAAGGUCCUACAAAACCACUUAUGAUUACACUCCGAAAGAUGGGUCGGACUGCGAAACGCUCAGUUUGAAACAUGUUGAUCCGAAUGAGGCCCGUGGUCGAAGGGGUAGUCGAAGGGAUAACGAGUACUUUGAUCAUCGGAUCAUGGAUCCAAACGGGUUCCACCUGAGCCCACAGAACAGUUUGUGUUCAAAUAUACAUUUUGUAGAAGCGAAACAAAGCUUCACCAGCACAGAAGUUAGUGAGUUUUCGAGUACGUUGGAGAAGAGUGUUGAAUACGGUCAAUCUAGUGUGUCGUACGACUAUGACGAAAGUAAUAAAACGAGUAGUAUAUAUAGGGAAAGUACUGGUACCGGGAGUGAUCUUAGCGAUGACAGCAGCUCGAGUAGUUACAAUAGCGGAAUUUACCGACCUCACAAGCAAAACGACGCGCGAUGGGAAGCUAUUCAAGUUGUGAGGUCUAAAAACGAAACGGGCUCGUUGGAACUGAAACAUUUUAGACAGUUGAAGAGAUUGGGGAGUGGGGAUAUUGGAAGCGUUUAUCUUUCUGAGUUGAUCGGUACAGGAACUUACUUUGCUAUGAAAGUGAUGGAUAAAGCGGCUUUAGCGAGUAGGAACAAGCUCUUGCGGGCACAAACCGAAAGGGAAAUAUUGCAAUCGUUGGAUCACCCGUUUUUGCCCACUUUGUAUGCGCAUUUUGACACCGAGAAACUGUCGUGUUUGGUGAUGGAGUUUUGUAACGGUGGAGAUUUGCAUGCGCUCCGCCAAAGACAGCCCCGGAAGUAUUUUCCCGAGCAUGCAGCCAGGUUUUAUGUAGCAGAGGUUCUCCUUGCUUUGGAGUAUUUGCAUAUGCUAGGGAUCAUUUACCGAGACCUUAAACCGGAGAACGUGUUAGUACGGGAAGACGGUCACAUAAUGCUAUCGGAUUUCGAUCUCUCAUUGAGAUGUGUUGUGAAUCCGAAACUGGUUAGAUUCAUGAACAGCCCCACAGUGGAACCAAAAGCCUCCGGUUCAUGUGUCCAGCCCGCUUGUAUCGAGUCAUCUUGCUUGAUCCAGCCCUCGUGUUUCGGCCCCCGGUUCCCAACCAAACCAAAGCGUGAAAGACGAUCCAGACCCAAAACCGAGACUUACAACCAAAUGAUCCCACUCCCGGAGCUAAUCGCAGAACCGACAAGUGCACGGUCAAUGUCGUUUGUCGGGACUCACGAGUAUCUCGCACCGGAGAUCAUCAAAGGUGACGGGCACGGUAGUGCGGUGGAUUGGUGGACGUUCGGGAUUUUUCUUUACGAGCUUUUGUUCGGGAAAACUCCGUUUAAAGGCGAGAGUGAUCGGGCGACUUUGUUCAAUGUUGUCGGGCAUCCGUUGAGAUUUCCCGAAUCUCCUUCGGUUAGCUUUGCGGCUAGGGAUUUGAUCAGGGGAUUACUCGUUAAAGAACCACAGCAUCGGCUGGCUUAUCGGAGAGGCGCGACGGAGAUUAAACAGCACCCGUUUUUUCAGAGCGUGAAUUGGGCGUUGAUCCGGUGUACGACUCCACCGGAUGUGCCAACGGAGAAUGCGAAUGUGACGCCUGUUAGUAACUACUUAGAUGAUGAUUUCUUUUAAAUCUGUAAAGAAUCUGGUGGGAAAAUUGCAUCUUAUCUGUGUGUUUUAGUCAAGUUUAUGUUCAUCUUAUCUGUCUUAAUGCUA